AUGUGAGAUGGUCAUACUAUCGCGCACAUGUUUUUGUUGACAAACCAAAUUGCAAGAUGUCUCGAAAGAAGUGGUCUUCGCUGGACAAACCACCGCUCUCAGAUGCAGUGCUUCAAGUGGUGCAGAGCUUCGGCUUCCAGCAGAUGACGCCCGUCCAGACGGCGGCCAUUCCGCUGCUCCUGGCCCGGAAGGAUGUCUCCGCGGAGGCAGUUACUGGUAGUGGUAAAACACUGGCUUUCCUUGUGCCCAUGCUAGAAAUCCUGCAGAGGCGCCACAAGGAGACCCCAUGGGGCCCCAAGGAAAUAGGUGCCCUCAUCAUCUCACCAACCCGGGAACUGGCGCGCCAAAUCUCCGAGGUUUUAGCCCAGUUUCUGGAGCACGAAGACCUCGAGCACCUGAAUCAACAGUUGAUUGUAGGUGGCAACAGCAUAGAAGAGGACAUAGCCACGCUGCGUAAGGAAACACCCUGCAUAUUGGUGUGCACCCCCGGUCGACUGGAGGAUCUAUUUCAGCGCAAAGGAGAUGAUCUUAAUCUGGCGGCUCGGGUGAAGAGUUUGGAGUUUCUGGUCCUAGACGAAGCUGACCGCCUGCUGGACUUGGGCUUCAAAACGAGUGUGAAUAACAUAUUGGGCUAUCUUCCCCGCCAACGUCGAACUGGGCUCUUCUCCGCCACACAGACUACCGAGGUUACAGACUUAAUCCGUGCGGGCUUGAGAAAUCCUGUACUCGUUUCAGUUAAAGAGAAGGCCUCCGUAAACACGCCAGCCCGCCUGCAGAAUUUCUACAGGAUUGUCGAGCCAGAACUCAAGUUUGUGGCCCUGCUGGAGUUCCUUAGUUCCCCCGCCACCGAUGUUGGAAAGGUGAUGGUCUUUUUCCCCACCUGCGCCUGUGUGGAGUAUUGGGCUGAGGCCCUGCCGCCUCUUCUGCCCAAACGCACAGUGCUGGGAAUCCACGGAAAGAUGAAAAACAAGAGGGCCAAUGUGGUGGAGAAGUUUCGCAACACUGCACAGGCCGUACUUCUAUGCACGGAUGUCCUCGCACGUGGCUUGGAUGUACCUGAGAUCGAGUGGGUAGUGCAAUGGGAUCCACCAUCAACUGCCUCCAGCUUUGUACAUCGUGUGGGACGCACUGCUCGGCAGGGAAACGAGGGCAAUGCCCUGGUGUUUCUCCUGCCCAGCGAGGAUGCUUAUGUGCAUUUCUUGAAGAUCAACCAAAAGGUGGAGUUAACUGAACUGCUUAGCGAGGAGGAGGAGGAGGAGGAUGCAGAUCGAGAAAAGAAGGAACUACCCGCCGUCUUAGAUCAACUCCAUCGGCUGCAAGCAGCCGACAAGGGCGUCUAUGAUAAAGGCAUGCGCGCAUUUGUUUCCCAUGUUAGAGCAUACACCAAACACGAAUGCAGCGCUAUUCUCCGACUAAAAGAUCUGGAUCUGGGCAAGAUGGCCACUGCUUACGGUCUCCUGCAACUGCCGCGCAUGCCGGAGCUGAAGAACUACCAGGGAGGCGGCUACGUGGCGCCGACUUUUGAAGUGGACCUAACCAAACUUACGUACAAGAACGCCCAGAAAGAGCAAGUUCGACAAAAGAAAAUGGAAACUUACGAGCAAACCGGAAGCUGGCCAGGUCAAAAGCAGCACAAAAAGCGUGCAGAGUCCUGGGAUCAAACUAAAAAGGCAAAACUGGAUGCCAAGUCCAAAAAGGAGCUGCGCAAGGCGAAGAAACAGCGAAAGAAAGCGGCAGAGGCCGAGGCGGGCGGAUCUGGAAAAGGAAAGAAGAGGCAGCAGUUUAGCCAGGAGGAUCUCGAUGAACUAGCCAGCGAUAUUCGGCUUUUCAAGCGGCUCAAAAAGAACAAGAUCAGCGAGGAAGAAUUCGACAAGGCCAUGGGCAUUGAAGGGGACAAUGAUUAACAUGCUUUGGGGCUGCUUUUUUUGUACAAUUAAAAAUGUUUACGGAAAUGUAUAUAUGAA